UUGUGUUUCAAAUUAUCCAUUUUGACAGACUACAAGUAUAAUUUUGCAACAUGAGAAAUCAUUAGUAUGUAGCCUUUGGAGAAGUAGUUUUCUGGCUCCAAAAAGGCCUUUGAUUCCUUUAUUCAUAUGAGGUUUUGAGUUUGUUUUGUUUUAUUUUUUUGUUUCUAAUGCAGAAGAAAUGGUGGAAUGUUUGAGAAUUUCAUUAAAAUAAUUUUUGAUGAAUGAAGUUUUUGUGUUGCAGGAACAAAUGAAUGCUCUUCAAGUACAGUUGGAUGAGGAAGAGCAUAAAAACCUAAAGCUUCAGCAGCAUGUUGACAACUUGGAACAUCAUUCUACCCAAAUGCAGGAGUUUUUCUCAUCAGAAAGAACUGAUGGGACCAAGCAGCAGCAAGAACAUCUCUCACAGAUGAAUAUUCUUGAAAAGCAGCUUCGAGACUCUCAAACUAAGAAUGACUUUUUGAAAAGUGAGGUGCAUGACCUGCGAGCAGUUCUUCAUUCUGCUGACAAGGAGCUUUCUUUGUUGAAAUUGGAAUAUAGUUCAUUCAAAGAGAGUCAAGAGAAAGAACUCAACAAACUUUCCGAAAAACACAUGCAUAUACAGCUUCAACUAGAUAACGUCAGAUUAGAAAAUGAAAAGCUGCUUGAGAGCAAAGCCUGCCUACAGGAUUCCUAUGACAACUUACAAGAAGUAAUGAAGUUUGAAAUUGACCAACUUUCAAAAAAACUCCAAAACUGCAAAAAAGAAAAUGAAACUCUGAAAUCUGAUAUGAAUAAUUUGAUGGAGCUUUUCGAGGCAGAAAAAGAACGCAGUAACAAAUUGUCAUUACAGUUUGAAGAAGAUAAAGAAAGCAAUUCUAAAGAAAUCUUAAAAGUUCUUGAGACUGUAUGUCAAGAGAAACAGAAAGAGAUGGCUAAGUGUGAGCAGCAGAUGGCAAAAAUACAGAAACUAGAAGAGAGCUUGCUUGCUACUGAAAAAGUGAUCAGUUCUCUGGAAAAGACUAGGGAUGCUGACAAGGAAGUUAUAGCUGACCUCAUGAACCAGAUCCAGGAGCUAAGAACAUCUACCUGUGAGAAAACAGAAACCAUAGAAACCCUGAAACAAGAACGGAAGGACAUAAAUUGCAAAUACAACUCUGCUUUGGUUGACAAAGAAGAGAGCACAAGAGUGUUGAUUAAGAGACAGGAAGAGGAUAUUCUGGAUCUGAAAGAAACCCUUAGACUGAGAAUACUCUCUGAGGACAUAGAGAGGGAUAUGCUUUGUGAGGACCUGGCACAUGCCACUGAGCAGCUAAACAUGCUCACAGAGGCUUCGAAAAAACACUCGGGGCUGCUGCAGUCUGCCCAGGAAGAACUGACCAGGAAGGAGGCCUUGAUCCAAGAACUUCAGCAUAAGCUAAACCAAAAGAAAGAGGAAGGAGAAAAGAAGAAGAAUGAAUAUAACUUCAAAACGAGGCAACUAGAACAUGUGAUGGAUUCUGCUGCUGAAUAUCCUCAGGAGCAGUUGUGUGAAAUGGAAAAUCUAUGCCUGGAAUCUCAGCAGUUAAGAGAGAAAAAUUGGCUCCUUCAAGGUCAGCUGGAUGAUAUUAAAAGACAAAAGGAAAACAGACUGCGAGAUUCGUUAAGGAAAGGAAACCUUACUGAAGCUUCUGUUUUCCUUCAAGAAAUGGUCUUUUACUCACCAGUAAGAGAGAGAUUCCUAGAGGAGCCUAUGGCAUUCCAGCAGAUUCUACAAGAGGGAUGUUUCCUUGGUCCAGGGGCUGCCUACAGAAACUCAAUUUAUUAUCCUGACCUGGUCAGGCUCACAGAGAUGGAUGUGUCAUCUAGAAUUGAUCAGAAUCAUCCAGACAAUGAACAGCUGAAGAGUGAACAAGAAGAAGAGAUUAUCAAAGAAAGACUUGCUAAAAGUAAAAUAGUUGAAGAAAUGCUGAAAAUAAAAGCAGAACUAGAAGAAGUCCAAAGUGUCCUUCACAACAAAGAGAUAGACUGCCUUAGAAUGAUUGAGGAAGUUGAACGAACCAGAACUUGGGAGUCGAAAGCAUUCCAGGAAAAGGAACAACUAAGAUCAAAGAUGGAAGAAAUGUAUGAAGAAAGGGAGAGAACAUUCCAAGAGAUGGAAAUAUUAAGGAAGCAGGUGGAAUAUCUUGCUAAGGAAAAUGGAAAGUUGGUAGGUCACCAAAACCUGCAUCAGAAGAUUCAAUAUGUAGUGCGACUGAAGAAGGAAAAUGUCAGAUUUGCUGAGGAGAUUGAAAAGUUGCAUGCUGAAAAUGUAUUUUUAAAAGAAAAGAAAAAGAAUGAAUCAUAAGGAUCCUAGUCAACUACCUAGGCAUCACCUUGUUUGUUUGGAGAGUUUUUUUUUUCUCUUUUAAAAAUAAGAUCUACUCCUGCCCACUAAGUAGAUCUGAAUUUAAGGACCUUAAUUACUAAAUGUGUAUAUGGUGGUGGCUGACCCUCAAGU